AACAUCAGUCUGGUAAAGCAGUUCCGGUAGAAUCAGAUUGAAGUUGUAGUUAAUAUCCAGUCCUUUUGGACACGGUCUCAAAAUCUGAAUUAUAUUAUCUAUAUAAACAGAUUGGUGUGUGCAGAAUACACUCCAUUUUGUUAUGUUCACAACUAAGUAACUGACUAAUUAUUUUUACGACAGGAGCUCCGAGAAGCCGAGUUGUUUGGUUUCAUAUACCCGAACAGAAGAGUGAUGUGGUGUUAGCAAGACCCCGUGUUUGGAGGGUAUUUCGGGAUUAUCUCUGGAUUGUUUUCCCUUGAUAAACCCCCGUCCACCUGAGGAACAUGUCGCUGGCCCCGAAGGAGCUCUCCAAUCUGCUGGGCAUCAUCUCUGAGGAGGCCUGCACGAACACUUUCGAGGGCCUUUCCACGGCCUUCCACCAUUACUUUGGGAAAGCUGAACACUUCCGAGUGGGUUCAGUGCUGGUGAUGCUCCUGCAGCAGCCCGAUUUACUACCUAGCUCCCCGCAGCGCCUCACCGCGCUGUACCUACUGUGGGAGAUGUACCGAACCGAACCGCUCGCCGCAAACCCCUUUGCCGCUGUCUUUGCCCAUCUCCUGAACCCGGCGCCAAUCGGAGAGGAGCAGGAGAAACCGCUCUCCGGUUUUCUGCCUCCCAUAACAUUGCCAGAAAAGUUUUUCCUCUCCCAACUCAUGCUGGCUCCACCUAGGGAGCUCUUCAAGAAAACCCCUCGACAGAUCUCAUGCAUGGAUGUUGGUAACAUGCCUCAGUCUGUGGAUAUAAGUGGGCUUCAGCUAGCUUUGGCAGAACGUCAGUCAGAGCUGCCAACCCAAAGCAAGGCCAGCUUUCCCAGUAUUCUGAAUGAUCCCGACCCAGAUUCUUCCAACUCUGGAUUCGACAGCUCCGUAGCCAAUCAGAUUACAGAAGCCUUAGUUAGUGAGCCACGACCACCAAUAGAAAGUCACUUUCGCCCAGAGUUCAUCCGGCCUGCCCCGCCACUUCACGUGUGCGAAGAUGAGUUGGCCUGGCUUAACCCGUCAGAGCCUGACCACACCAUCCAGUGGGACCGCUCUAUGUGUGUGAAGAACAGCACUGGCGUGGAGAUCAAGCGCAUCAUGUCCAAGGCUUUCAAAAGUCCACUGUCUGCACAGCAGCAGACGCAGCUGCUUGGGGAACUAGAAAAGGAUCCUAAACUGGUUUAUCACAUUGGACUGUCCCCGGCCAAACUGCCUGACCUGGUAGAAAACAACCCGUUGGUUGCAAUCGAGAUGCUGCUGAAACUGAUGCAGUCAAGUCAGAUCACUGAGUAUUUCUCUGUGCUUGUAAAUAUGGACAUGUCUCUCCACUCCAUGGAGGUGGUAAAUAGGUUGCUUCCCACACACCUCCUCUUCGUAUUCAGGCUUACAACAGCAGUAGAUCUCCCUCCAGAAUUCAUCCAUUUAUACAUUUCCAAUUGCAUCUCCACCUGUGAGCAGAUCAAAGACAAGUACAUGCAGAAUCGUUUGGUGCGCCUUGUCUGUGUUUUCCUCCAGUCUUUGAUCCGGAAUAAAAUUAUCAAUGUCCAGGACUUGUUUAUUGAAGUUCAGGCAUUUUGUAUUGAGUUCAGCCGGAUAAGAGAGGCAGCUGGCCUUUUCCGAUUGCUGAAAACAUUGGACACAGGAGAGAACCCCUCCGAGGCCAAGCCCAGCAAAUAGAGGAGAUUAAUUGUGGACUCAUGAAGCACUCAACUUUUGAAAUGAAUUAGAACCUUGUUGUUAUUGUUUUGUAUGCAUUGUGUACACAUUUUACAGGGUGGCAUUCUCAAAAGUGAUAUUUAUUUCUGUUCAGAGAUAAAUUCUGAUGAAAUCAGUAUCUUGAGUUCUUGUUUCAAACAAAUAAAAUGCUGUUGCUAUUUUCAUGAACAUUACCUGUUCUUUCACUUUAAUUUAAUAUACUUUAAAACAUAGUUUAUUACUGCAGGUACAAACAUUUUUCAUUUCUUGUAUUGUAGGUUAUAUUUUUAAAUGUGACUUUGGGGAUAGUCUUUCUUAUUUUAGCUGUAUUUGGAUAAUGAGAGAAACAUUUUUAAAGGUGGAGUAUGAUUUGGAGCAGUGUAUACACACAUCUGUCUAAUAAGGCUGUAUUUUCAUGAGCCUCCUGAUGGCAUGGAUAAACCAUGAUAGAUUAUCACCUGCCCGAUAUUUAGUUUUUAAUUAUUAUUUUUUUUUUUUAUUUUCAUUGACACAUUUUGAUGUUUUCAUUUUCACUUGUUGGAACUACCUGAAUUUCACUGAGUUAAUUUCUUGUUUUUAGUUUUUAUUUGCCUUUGUAUUUUUUUUACUUGUCCAUUUCUGCGUGAACAAUUUGAAAUCUAAAGGUCAUUGUUUUUUAUUCUGUUUUGACAUUUUUAUGGUCCAGUAAACUCUGCAGUCAUAGGCCUAUAAAAGUUAACCAUGUAUAAGCCUACCUUUUUCCAACUCGCACAGGAUAAAAGAUUUGAUGUUUCAGAUAAUUCAGAAAUUGAUCGUAAUAUUUUUUCUUAGUUGUUAAUGCAGGUACAACACAACUUAUAAUUUAUGCUAGUAAAAUAGUACUUAGUAAAUAGUCUCCAUGGAGAGGCUAUUCAAAAUCAUAGACCUUGUUCAGAGGAAACGAGGAGCUGGAGAACAACACGAUGAGAAAUAUUGGGGCUCAGUGGAUGAUCUGUUUUAGGUUUGUAAUUUAUUGCACAUAUUCUGGAAUUACAAGGAAAAGGCAUAGAAUAAUUAGGUACUAUAUAGUAAUGAAUAGUUUACUUUGAUAGCUGGCAAUAAAAAGAGAUUGUGGGCAUAAGUGAUUGCUAUUGUAUUGAUUUUAUAAAAGCUGAAUAUGUUGCUCUGUUUAUAAAGUAGUGACUAGAAUUUUUUGUAAUGUCUAAAUAUAAUUUCUAUUAUAGCCUGUAAUUCAUUUUUAGUAAUAAUCAACUGAUUUUUUGCUUUUUAACAUUGUAAUGCACAGUCGCAGACAGAAGUAUUGGCACUCUAUACUUAUACUAUAAUUCAAGACAAUAUAUUAUGCACAAGAAUUUAGUAAACGUUAUCUGAUUUUUAAUAUAACAAAAAGCAAAAUACACAGUUUCUGGUAAUUAACAAAUCUUUAUCAAAAAACCAAUCAACUUAUUUCAUUUGAAAUAUUUGUUCAUGACAAAGGUAUUGGCACUUUUGCUUUUAUUACGGCUUUAGGACGUUUAUAAUUCAUAACCAGUGUGUUGCAUCUGUUUGGUCAAAUAUGGGCCAUUUCUGUCUUGCUUAUUUCCUUCAGCUCAGGUAGAUUGGAUACACUAUGCAUGCUUACAUCUUUUUUCAGGUCAGUCCAAAGCAUUUCUAUUGGAUUGAGAUUUGAUGAUUUUUUUGAAGGCCAUUCCAGAGCUUUUAUCUUAGUUUUCUUCAAAAACUCCUGAGUUGACUUAAAUGUAUUCUUUGGGUCGUUGUUGUGUUGAAAGAUAAACUGCCUGGCAAUCAGCCCAUGAGCAGAUGGUAUCAUCACACCAUGUAGAGUGUUUUGAUACAUGGCUGCAUUCAUCCAGUCUUCAAUCAUAUGAAUGUCUCCAGUCCCUGAACUGCUAUCAAAGUAAACAAUUAAUUACUAAACCUAAUUAUUCUAUGAUUUUUCCUUGAAAUUCCAGGAUAUGUGCAAUACAGCACAAACUUAAUCAGACAGAUCAUCCACAGAGCCCACUAUUUCUCGUCCAACCAGCUCUUCCUGUUGUGUUCUUUUCUAGAUACCAGUACUACUUUAUUUUGCUCUGAACAAGGUGUUUGCUAAAACACCCUCAAUCAUGAUCAAACUACUGAAGGCUUUUCCUUUUUUUCUCUCCAAACAUCGCAUGGUCCCUUUCUGAGUAAAAGUUAAAUUUGAAUCUCA